AAAAAACUUGAAACACCAAAGGGAACAAGAUUGGUUUUGGUUGUUGUUUUUUGAGAUUAGAGAUUUACAGAGAACACAAAAAUGGUGUCAGAGAAGAAGAACAUGGAGAAGGAGAAGAUGAGGCUGGUCUUCACGUACGGAACAUUGAAGCAAGGCUUCUCCAACCACGUUCUCUUGCAAGAUCUCAUCCGUACCGGAGACGCCAUCUUCAUCGGCAACUACCGUACACAUCUCAACUACCCUCUCGUCUGCGGUCCCUACCGAGUCCCUUUCCUCCUCAACCUUCCCGGCUCCGGCCAACGCGUCAUCGGAGAGUUGUACGCCGUCUCAGCCUCCGCCCUCGCCCGACUCGACGAGUUGGAGGGCACCACCCGCUGCCAUUACCAGAGGCUCCCCAUCCAGCUACGACCGCAUCACGAUGAUGAAAAUGACGAUGAUGGUGGUGGUGGUGGUGGUGGUGGCUCCAAUGCUGGUCUUCCUACCUCCGCCGAGGCCUACUUCGCUCAUUCCAGCUACGCAGCCAAGCUGUGGAACAAGAACGGCCGCCAGGGGUUGGUGGGGUAUACAGAGGAGGUGGCGCGUGGAUAUGUGAAGCGCAAGGAUAGACCUCAAAAUCUCACCUUUCUGGAUCACAUUCAUUCGUUUCUAUCAUCCCAAUGAUGGGUCUUUUUUCUAUUUUGUUUUAGGUUAGAGCAGAAGAAUAAUUGGAUUAAAAAGACACUACUUUUGAUAUUAUUACUAUUAUGAUCUCGAAGUAUUCUCAUCUCGUGUAUAAUAUGAUUUGUGUUUAGAAUAGCCCCUUGUCAAAAUAAGAGCUCUUUUAUGAUUUCUCCA